UCAUCAACGAAAGUAAAACUGUUCAAGUGUCUCGGUAUACCGAAAUAGGCCAUGGCUGUAAAAUUCUGUUCCGUAAUGGCAGUGUGUAUUGUUGCUCAGUUUUUGUCAACUGCUGCCAGUUCAACAACAGCAGCGCCUCAAAAUUGCAAUAAUGUGGCACCUUGUAGAACAGGUAAACGAGGGCCUAUAGGUCCCCGUGGAUUACCUGGUGUUGCUGGAAAUUGCUCUUGCAAUCGAAGCGAUCAGAUCGAGUUACAGAAACGGUUGGAAACAAUCGAAGACCAUGUUUUGAGAAUUCGACGCAGUUCACCAGAUACAUACUGUCUGCUCGGAAUGAAGGACGGUACGAUCCCAGACAACGCUAUUUCUGUGUCGUCUCGCGAGAAUUAUAAGGAUCACGGCAGGCUUGAUCAACUAGUUGAUGGCUGGUACCCUUUGUCAAAUCACGCGUCACGGACCGGCAGAGAAUGGAUCAUGGCUGACCUGGGAAAAGUGAAAACAGUAACAGGAGUGGUUACUCAGGGUCGACACAACAGUAACAACUGGGUAUUAACCUUUAAAGUGGAGCACAGCGUUGACGGGAGAAAAUUCUACGACAUCUUGAAAGAAGAUAGAAGUGAAUUGGUCAGGAUAUUUGACGGAAACAAGGACAGAAGUACAAAAGUCAUUAACCGAUUUCCUAAUCCAGUUCAAGCACGUUUCGUUCGGAUUUAUCCAUUGACUUUUGUAGGCUAUGCAUUCAUCAGAUUUGAUGUCAUUGAUUGCUAGUUCACUUCCUAGCUGGAAAGCAGUAAUUAUUCCAGAACAAGAUUUCCCACUAUAUACAUUAUGUUUUUAUGUGACUAAACUUGCUGGUAAAAGUAAAUACUGAAGAGAACAAGCAGUAAACAAAUAUAAAAACCGAAGUUCAUGAGAUGGAAGCUUAAGUCAAAGUAUUUCCUUCCAGCCCUGAGCAGUUUUGACGAGGCUUGAUUCCUUAACUUGUACUCUUAAUAGAAUGACUCAGACUCCUACUCAAAUAACCUACUUACUCCAGUGAUUGACUCGACUUUGCCCUCCUCGACUCGAUACUCUGCUAACCCGUGAAUCAGCUUGACUUCUAUACUACUUGAGUGUAGUAAACUGAACAUAUUCUAUCUAAAUUUCGGUCCUUUGCUCAUCUGUCUAAUUUUAAGUUGGGUUAUGUUGACAAUACCUUAGCAAAAUUAUUCUAAGAGAGUGAAAACAUAACUUUUCCAAUAUCCAGACACCUUAUGUCAAUUCAACUAAUGUCACUUCGUUUAUUUUCCGUCGAUCUAUAGCGCGUUCUUAUAAGCAAAGUCAUCUUAUGUUUAUGUUUAGAUGUAAAAACAAAAUCUAACAUGUUUGCUUCUAUUUGAACGAUUCACAUUUUAGUUCGUUAUAUCCAAGAUUAGCAUUAUCUUUUGUUAAUGAAAAUUGGCAAUAUCCUCACAAGAUAGCAAGGGUUAUAUAGAAUACUAUACUGUAUUUUUCACGUGCAUUCCACUGUUAUUUCAUGCUAGAUAUAAAUAUGU